AUGUGCAUGUACCCAACAACCAUAAUAAAGUUCGUCCAGGCUUCUCUCCUCCUCACCGCGAAGGUAAGGGAAAACUGCACUCCCGAACCUUUCCAGUUGCACUUACAUCUUAACCCGUUCAUAUGGAGUAGGCUAUAUUGGUCGAACGAGGAGGCACCUUUCAUCACGGAUUCUAGAACACAGUUCAUUUUGCCUCAAUUGAGGCAUGGCAAAGUCCAUCUCCAACGCAAUCCUGAUUUAUCUGGCUGUCAGGGACCAUCGAUUAAACAUCAACCAGGUCAUUUGGGUUAUCUACUGGAUGUCUAAAGCACUCCAAAUUACGAAGUCAACUGAUACUUGUGAGGACAGAAACGGUACUUAUACGUUAUGCCAACUGGAAAACAUGCUUCGAGAUAACAUACUUUUAGGCCUGAGAUGAACCCAUAUCCAGCCAAGUCACAUUACAGCCAUAAGACACAAACUUCACAAUGAUACCCCUCCCUUUUUAUCGACAUCUAAACUAGUUCUUGCUUCCUCCCCCAUGUUUUGGCAUGUCCAAACACUUCCACAUCCUUCAUCAUCAUUCGUUGAUUUCCAUCUUACACCUUCCUCGCUUGACGCAUAGUAAUACAGAGGUCUGAUGAUGAGAAAUCGAAGACGUGCAUUUUCUAGCUCUAACUUUUUAGUAUUUGCAGUUGGAUUACGUUGUAACUUGUACCUAUGAAAAGAAAUGCCACUUUUAAUUAAUCACACCUGAGCGUCCCUGGUGGUGACUUGUCAAAAAAAAUCAAUGGCUCGUUGCUAUUGGUAAAAAUACUUAAUAUAAUCUAACUUGGAAGUUUGUCAUUUCAAACGCCUUUUAGCUAGAAGCCCUAUCCAAACUCAAACCCCAAGGCCACUCACAGGUCUGCAUCAUUUUUAGGGCCGACUAUAGGCGCUGAAGUUUUGUGUUUUCAAUUGAAAUAUCUCUUAGGCGACCAUGCCAUGAAGAAUGAUCAGUAAUCGAGGACUACCAAAGUCAGGUAUUUUUACGAUUUUUAUUGGUCGGACCUCAAUUUGUGAUCGGGAGACCCACCAUUCAAAAUCCGGAGUCCGUCGGUUGCCUAGCCAAGUGAAUUUUCACGAAAUCCACUGCUUCAAACUCCGUCCGCCGCAAACAGUAAUCCCCUCGUCCUUACUGUUGAGCAGAAUUUUAGUCAAAUUGCAGUAUGGUUCAAAAAUUUAGUUUGGUUUUUUAUAUAAACUUCGUUCGUCACUGCAAGAGGUCAAGGUCUAGUCUUUAAUGGCGGGCAUAUACGAGGAUUUGCAAAUUAGCAGACGCAACUAAGUUAGUGCGUGCAGUUUUGUACUACUUGUUCGAGGUCACUUAGAAGACUUUGUAUGGCACUGCGAAAUACUAAUGCAUUAUGAAAAAUGCGGUUUCGCAAAAUAUAUAUGCAAGAACUUUGCAAGGACUGCGUCGUUUUAACCGUAUAAAGAGGAGUACAACGACUCUUAAUGGUAGUACCCCUACUACUUUAGCCAAAUAAUGGUUUUUGCUAUCCUUCCUUGGCUCAAACGGAGAGGUUAGGUGGAAUUUCUUAGAGUUGCUUAAAUACAGAGGAGAAAAUCAGGGAAUCUAUCACAGCACACGCUGCAAUAAUCCCUGGAGAUUAUCAUACGGACGCCCGUGCCUUGCAGAACCGCUUGCAUAACAUUUGUGCGAGUGUUGGAUGAGCACAGACUGGACAGCGGUAAACGCGAAUCUCGAAGCAACUUCUUAUGUGGGGCCUGGAAACUGGCUUCGAUAUUUGUGUGAAGGCGGCUUUUGCCUUCCGAGGGGAUGUUUUUCCGCAAGACCUAUGUGAAGGUCCAGGAGUCAAUGAGUACUCGGGACGCCAGUACAUCCAAUUAAACAUCCUUUGAUAGAAUCUAUCCAGAGCCAGUUGUAAGGUUGCGGAUGCUAGUAUGUUCUACCACCCGCUUCAUAAUAAAGAAAGAAUGCGUAGGAUUACCAGUUCUCGAUCUCUGCCCCGAUCUUAAAACUAAGGUUUCUACAGUGAAAUUACUGAAAAUGAAAUUAUAAUUCACCCCCCUCUGACAGCCAGAUCGAUGUAGAACUACCAUCAGAGGUCAAAGUCAGUGUAGCUAGCCUGUAGAUAAUGCUGUGAAUCUUAAAUAAGUAAAGAUAUUAGAGAACAGACUUAGCACAAGAUGCAGAUUCCGAAAAGGGGAUAAAUAGCUUGCUACCCAGUCUUACCUCUUUCCUUAGUCAAAACAUGUAUCUUGGGACGGUUAAGACGUGCUGACAAUAUGGAACGACCCUGAACAAACUGACUCUGCCUGUCUUCUUUCACCCAUCUGCUUCUCCACACGAGUGCUGACCGACGUACCGUGACAACGCAUUGAGUCCGCUAGAUGUGGUUGACUACUGACUAUUCGGCAUCCGGUUACCUUCUUCUAGCACAGGUGAGGCCAACGAAUAUUUCUCUAAUUUCGGCGUUGUUUGUGAAAUUUACCAUCCACUUUCCCUUGUCUUCUCCCUAUACCAGUCACUCCCAAGGUAAACUUCGCUAAGAGUAAUAUUCAAGAGGUGGAAUCAGUUCACCAGGAUUAAAGGAUAAAGGUUGCAUGCGCAUGAUUAUCCACACUAUCGAAAGGACGUUUCAUCUUCGGAGAGCCCACGUAUAACGGCAGCCUAAUAGAGGGCGUUGGCUCAGUGCCAACAAGAGAGGUGCUAGGCACAUGUGAAACCAUCGAUUGUAGCAGAUUACACCAUGCAUCCUCCAACUCCUUUUGAUUGACUCACACGCAUUUGCACACGCACACACACCCAGAGAAAACAAUCUUUGGUGGAGAUAACUAUAGCAUUGGCUGGAUUCGGAAGGUUGUUUGCUCUGAAAGUGCACUUAUCCUUGUUAAGAGGCUGUAACACAAAACAGAACAUCGGCCAUGGGUCAAAAGUUAUCUAUUAUGAUCUCAGCAGCAGUCAGUGGCACGUCCUACGUCAGGGUUAAAUAUCAGAAGAUACAAAUGGGAAGUAUAAACUGUGCAGCCAAAUAACGUUCCUUAUAAUAAUAUGGACAAACCACCCGUCCGUGGCAUGAAAUGUUGCGGACAAAUCUUCCAGGGUUAAGUGCGUAUGGUUACACGACUUCUUGGAUUAAAUAACGAUAGCACGGCUGGUAGAACAUUAAUGACGACCGUUCGUACGCCCUGGUACUUCAAACUUACAGAGGUGAGGUAUAAUCAUAAGUAAAACUUCUCCGAAAUUUAGCCCGAAUGCCACAGGAGUUUAUAAACUACACAUCAGAUAACUCGAUGUAAAAUACAUCAAUGAGGUCCUUGUCCAUCUUUUGACAUGUAAAAUGAUAAAAAGCCCCAAUGAGUUAUAUGCCGCUGUAGCUCUUUUCAAAAGUUUAAUUUGGUAAAGGCAUUGUUAUUAUAAACAUGUGUGCCAUAGUAUGUAGCAUAUAACCGAGAACGAAAUUUGCACGUCUUAAAACGAAACCAAUCGGAUAUUUAAAAAAACGAGGACUGGAUAAAGCUAAACGACAGUCCAAGCUAUGUACAGACUCCUUAUCAUUACAAAAUAAUAUAACUUUCUUGUAUGCAAAUUCCAUAUGACAACAAAAUAACGUUUAAAAUCCAGGUAUGAGGAAAUUUAUCUGAACAUCUCCUACUUCCCCAUAACGUGAAUUCAGCGUCGUUCGUGGGAUUUAUUUUUAAUGCAGGAAGAGAAAUCUAAACGCUAUUUUCUUGACCACUUUUAUAAUUAAGAAUUAAAAAUCUCACUUUAUCUUAAGCUUUUACCGUGAACCAUUGACUGUUGGGACUUAAAGGACCCAAAAAACUCCAGAUAAGCAGUAACUGAAGAGGUACUAAGAGUGCAUAUUUCUUCACAGGGCAUGACCGUCGGGUAACUGACGGAAAAUCAGUUCAAAAACUUUCUCGACACAUACGCCCCAUUUUGAGUAAUCGAAAGGAAGACCAUAAAACCUCAAUGGUCCAAGUGGCAGUAAAGACAAUAAAAAACUCUACUCUUCCUAUACGGAACUUUUAACAGUUUGUUUAGAUUUCAGGGCGAGCGCCGGUGCUCACCAAUUAGCCGCCGCCUUCUCGAGCAUUGGUUGCUGAUGUCAAGGUCACCCAGCGAGUCUGGCGAGAUAUAUUAAUGUGCUGAUGCUGUUGGUAUUCUCAUUCACUUUGGAGUAAUUUCCAUGUAAGUGUUGCUCACGCUGAGCAUAAACCUAGGCGCACCCGUUUACCUUUCGUUACGGUCUGUUCGUUAUAUUUCCUGCGCGUACGCUUUAUAUUUCUUUAUUGUCCUUGCUCAUAUUUGCAUAGAAUGGCUUUAUGGUGGAGCGUAUGCUCGAGCGCCUGCCCAACAAGCAAUUAAUUAUUUCUUUUGCCCUUCCCAGUUCCAUUUUGCUCUCCGUCCAGAAAACCAUGUCUAGUGGAGGUACCGUUCAACCCUCUUCUUACAUGAACCCCCAGGAAGAUGCGGAGACCCUGGAAAAGGCCAUGAAGGGACUCGGUUGGUUCCGCUUAUUCUCCUGCAUUACUAGAAAAGACCUCCUAAUUUCUUUUGUCUCUUUUGCCUUUUCAUAUCCCCUUUACCUCUUUUUUGCCUCCGAUCACUUGCUUUGGAAUGUUUAAAGAAUACAAUAGGGUUUCUGCUGAAACCAAAACCCUAUAAGCUCCGACCUUUUCCACAAUUAGGCACGGACGAAGAGGCCAUAAUCAACCUGCUGUCAAAACGUUCUGUUCACCAACGUCAGCAGAUUGCAGUGGCCUACAAAUCAAUAUACGGAAAGGUAGGUUGGUUGCGUCACUUUAAAAUUUUUACACUCAAGUUAAGCACUAGUCCCUUUAAAAUGCUAACUGUUAUUAUUUAAAAUGGGUUAGGAAGACAAAUAAGCCAGAUUGAUUCUUGUAGAUUUUACUGUAAUAAUGCAAUCCUUUCGCUGUAAAACACUCUGCUCUCUACCUUUAACUCUGAAAGGAUCUCAAGGACCGUUUGUACAGCGAGCUGAGUGGGAAUUUCCGGCGGGCCGUCCUCUACUCCUUUUACGACAUGGCUCACGUAAACGCUAAAGCCUGCUACAAGGCCAUGAAGGGCGCGGGUACCGAUGAACAGGUCCUCAUUGACGUUAUAUGCACAUCCACGAAUGCCGAAAUAAGGGCCCUGAAGGACGCUUAUGGCCAGAGUAAGUUGCCUUGCCAUUCUCUGAAAUAAAGCCAGAAAAACGCUAAAACUCUGCACAGAGUCUGAGAGCAUUAUCUUAAGUCGGGUUUUUAAAAAUGAGAUUUGGCUAACACUUUUUGUUUUGUUAGGGUCUCCAGCUUAUCUCGUUUACUCUUCAUAGCCAUUUCAGAAUAAACUUAACCAAUUACACAACAGUAGAAGUCUCGACGUUCACGUCGGUGCUCGAGCGCCUUGCAGAAUGGACAGGUUUUAGCAUAGCCAGUGGUCUGGUUUUUUGGAUAAGAGAUUUCGACCGAUGGCCCUAAUUUGUUCACAGCUGGCCAGCCAGCUACACCAUUUACAUGUACCAAACAUUUAAUGUACCUCAUCGUUGAUCAAUUUAUUGACAGCCGUCGGGCAAAAUAUGAGGGUCUCGGGAAGCUUUUUGGGUCUUAUAAUGACUCAACGAUUGUUUAUUUUUUAGUCCUUCUCGAGGAGAAACAAAACGGUAAGUAUAUUUUGACUUUGGCACUCCUGAAAUUUUAAGGCUGUCUAGGGAAAGAAGAAUAUUGAAAUAAAGACAGCAUAUGACUACCGCAUUUUAUCGAUUAUCGUAGCUCUUCGAAGGAACUUGGAACUCGAUGUCAAAAAUGAUACCAGCGGUGACUUCCAGCGGGUGCUGAUUGCCCUCCUACAGGCUCAAAGAGGAUCAGAUGUGGACGACGUUCAAAUUCGCGCCGACUGCGAAGAACUCUACAAGGGUGGCGAAGCGUAAGUUAUGGUUGGCUUAAAUGAAAAGUGUAAAUGCACUGGUGGUCCAGAGAGCUUUCAGAGGAAAUUCCGAAUGACAUAUCACAGAAAAAGGGUAAUUGUGAAUGCCCAUUCUGCCUCAAAUUACAAAUCCGUCAUUAGAUAUCAAGCUAGAUUCUACCUAUCGCUGUAAAAAAACGUCACACAUCUGCUCUGUAUGCAACGAAACUUAUAUGAAUAAUGUUGAUUUUAUUUUUUCAGAAAAUUGGGAACAGAUGAAGCUACCUUUACGCGAAUUCUUGUCUCACGUAGCUGGAAGGACAUCGUCAAAAUCAAUGACCAUUAUACCCAGGCACGUCUGAGUGUAUUGGUGCACUUAGUGACAACCCUCGAAAUCUUAUCUACAAAGUAUUUAAUGUUGCUUUUUAUUUUUUCAAGGCGGUCGGCCACGAUCUGAUUACUGCCAUCGGCAAGGAGACCUCUGGUGACUAUCGCAAGUCUCUACAGACGAUUGGUGAGUCGCCAAUUUAAUCUGCUUGUCGCAUUUUGAGUCGCAUGGAGACUAGAGAAUAUCACCAUCCAAGUUAAAUUUUGUAGUAAAAACGGCUAUCAACAGGACUGAGGCCUAUGCCGAAAUUCUUUACCAGACAAUGAAGGGCGCUGGCACACAUGAUGACAACCUUGUUCGAAUGAUCAUCGCACAUUCCGAGGUAUGAACACUCUGAUUUAAGAGCGUUUUAUCGCUUUAUACAUGUGAAUUAAUCUUUUUGUUGGACAAAAACACUAAUCGGCAAGAUUUCCAUUGUAGGUUGAUUUGGCUGUUAUACGGCAUACAUUUGAUGGCAAAUACGAGAAAAGUCUUGAUAAAAUGAUCGAAGGAGACACGUCUGGAGACUACCGCAGGUACCUCCUUGCGAUCCUGGGAAACUAA